AUGGGUGUUUGCUAAUCAAUAAAUAUUAAUAAGAUCAUUCCAGAUCUUGACUAAAUAUCAGUUGGUAAUGUAGCCAAAGACUUGAUCUCAAUUGAAAAACUACUUAAAGAAUACGAAAUUUUCUUGAAUCAUCUCAGAGAUUCUUUAAGACAUCUCGAUACUAUAAAGAUUCGCAUCAAGAACGGAGAAAUUAUUUAUAAAGCCUAGAAAGCGCUCUCUAUGUAUACCUAUUAUGAUGAAAAAGGCGUGAUGUUGAAUUAAGUACAAUUAGCAUAGAAUAUAGACAGAAGAUAGGCAGAAGGAAGAUAAGCGGUUAAUAAUGUAGUUCAUGAUCAAAAUAGAGAAGUAGAUGAUUUCAUUGAGAGUUUUAAGUAAUCAAAAUAACUCAAGGUUAAAUAAUAGUAGGAUGACUAGAAUUAAAACAAGAGUGCUGAGUAACCUUAACCAGAUAAUAUAAGAUAAAUUCAAGAUGAUAAUGAUAAAGAUCGCGUGGAUAAUUAAAAUAAUCUAGAAUAACCAGAAAACUUACUAUUGAAAAUUGGUCAUAAUAAGAGAUAAUUGAAUAACUAAGAAGAUUCUGAUGAAAAUUCAGUUUAACUUACUGAGAAUUAAUAAGCAGAGUACUUUAUAGUCGAGGAUAAAAGAGAGUUUGAAGAGCUCAAUUAGAAUGAGGAUUAAAAUAAUAAUGAUUAAAGUUUUAUCGCCUGCAAUUCGACCUUAGUUAUUCAAGAUGAUUAAGGUUUAAUAUGA